CAGGUACAUAUACAUGAGUAUGUGCGCCAUCUACCCCUCACUCACUCUCUCUGGGGCAGAAUCGAUACUGAUAACCUACAAACAGCUAUCAUGGCGCCCGGCUCAGGGGACCUCCCGGUUUCCACACUUCUUCCGUUUCCUCUUCGAUAUUUCCACCCCUAACAGUUCUUGUAGAGUACUCUACUUCUUGUUACUUAUACUCCGGACUCAGGAGUACAGUACCCAAACAUCAGGUGUUGCACGACCUGCAACAACACCACCUCGAUAGAACCCGAUUAAGAAUCAUUAAAAAAAAAAAAAGUUUAAACACAUCACUUAACUAAAAGAAAAAGAGUAGAUCUCUUAUAACAUGGAACUAA